AUGGGUGAUGAGAGUAGGGAGAAGGGUGAUGAGACAAGGGAGAAGGGAGAUGAGAGUAGGGAGAAGGGUGAUGAGAGUAGGGAGAAGGGUGAUGAGAGUAGGGAGAAGGGUGAUGAGAGAAGGAAGAAGGGUGAUGAGUGUUGGAAGUGGACACUGGAAUGGCCCGAAGUGUUGGUUAGCGAACUGGACAAUGAGAGUAGGGAGAAGGGAGAUGAGAGUAGGGAGAAGGGUGAUGAGAGUAGGGAGGAGGGUGAUGAGAGUAGGGAGAAGGGUGAUGAGAGUAGGGAGAAGGGUGAUGAGAGUAGGGAGAAGGGUGAUGAGAGUAGGGAGAAGGGUGAUGAGAGUAGGGAGAAGAGUGAUGAGAGUAGGGAGAAGGGAGAUGAGAGUAGGAAGAAGGGUGAUGAGAGUAGGGAGAAGGGUGAUGAGAGUAGGGAGAAGGGAGAUGAGAAUAGGGAGAAGGGUGAUGAGAGUAGGGAGAAGGGUGAUGAGAGUAGGGAGAAGGGAGAUGAGCAUGCCGACAAAUGCUAA